ACAAAAAUGUUGAAGUGAUGUUGGAUUUUGGGUGAUUUUGCGGAGUGAGUUUUUCCAGCGGUGAAAAGUGCUUGUGAAAGUGGAAAUUUCGGCUCCAAAGUGGCCACAAACUGUUCGCGUUCGCCGGGGGCAUGUUUUGAACUAGUUGCGGGCUGGGGGAGUGUGCGUUUUGUGCCGAAAAGGUGCGCCUGGAAAAUUCCAAUUUAACGCAGGUUUAGUGGCUAAUAAGGCGAAUGAUACGGUGAACAGCGGCGCAAAAUAACCCGGCGGACAGUCCGGCUUGGAAAGUUUUUGCUUUUCGGCGGUCUCGCCGAGAGAAGGAGGAAGGAAGGAAGGAGAGCUACGACGACGACUAGUUGUAAUUUCGGAUCAGCAGCAGCCUGUAUCUGUGGGCUAGAAAAGAAGAAAAGUGAUUGUCCAACUCCGGACCAACAACAACAUCACGGAGUUACGGUUGUAGUAGUGCUACUUGGACCCGGGGUUGGUGGUUGUGUGGUGUCAAAACUGAGUUCGAGACUUGCCCGAGGAAAAGAAUAACAUCGCGCGCUGGAACUUCAGUGUGUGAGGUGGAAGCAGAAGAAGCAGUGGCCGUAGAAAGCAGAAACUUGGUGACCGCCACGGAUCUAAAGUUUGGGGGGAGUGUUCAAGUGCUCGGUGGACAUCGUUGUGACACGAGUCGUAAACAUUGUGUGUGUGUGUGGAAAGCAGCUACCUGUUCAAGGGAAAAGAGAAGUGUGUGCUGAACUGAAGAUCUACACGAAGAACUGCGUAGCAAAUCGUAUAACUGUAUCGGAUAUCCAGAUCAACAGCGCUCUACAAACUCGUCCCCGCAGCGUCAACGGUUGCUGAAAUCUUCAAAGCCAAGAUUGAAACACGCAAACCGGCAAUUUAAUCCACGCGCUUCCGAGAGUCUUGCCGGCAGGGUGUGACCAUGGGCUAAGAACACCGACUUUGUUCGUGUUGCUGUGAGUGUUGUUUUUAUUUUCGGGUGCGAAUCGAAAACAAACACAUUUUCAACCGGGACAGACUUCGGGGUGCAAAGCGGCAGCACGAGUUGCUUCCGGAGUUCCGGCUACCGCGAAAAAUGGCACUCGCAGAUCUUCGCCAUGACUUGCGGCCAGAAGAAACUGCAGAAUCGACGGUAGUCGGUGGGGAAGAAGUCAACCAAGUGGAUGGAAACCGUCAAGUGAAGAAUCGACCGUGUUGCCACCGUUGAAGAGAAAGAAAAAAAAGUGUCCACGGGAGCUGCCUCCGGUUGCAGUUGUUUUGUAUUGUCUUCUCGGGUUUUCGGUUGAGUGAUUUCUCUUCAUUUUGUGUCAAUUGGAGAAGAGGAAGAAUCGGCGAGAAGAAUUAAAAGCAAAGCAGCGAGAAAAAAAGGCCAGUGCUUGUUGGUAAUCAGUGCAUGUGAAAGAAUAUUGCUCGAGGAAAGGAAGGCAGAAAUGCACCAGCAGAAAUUGAAUAACCAGAUUCGGUCGGAAUAUGAUGAGUGCUCAUGGCACACACCCAAGUGAAGUGUUGCUGUUUGUAGUAGGAUGUAAGCCAAAACCGUGAAGUGAAACAAAAAGCAAAGCAAAAAGAGCAACAACCAGAAAUAAGUGCGAUAUGAAGUGCAGCAGCAAGCAGAGGCAAGCAAAAUAACGAAAGUAUACAAAUUGUGUGGAAUAAUUGUCCGUAAAGUGGGUGGAAAGGCGACGAAGAAAACAUCGUUGAAAAGUGUCAGAAGCGUUUAGGGCCGCCACCAUGUCGUUCCUAAACAACCUGAAGAAGGUGUUCCACCUGGGCGGUGGGGACGCCAAGAAGAAGCGCAUCUUCAACAACAUCCGCAUGGAUACGGAUCCGGCGGAUUUCUGGGAUAUGAUUGGGGAGUUGGGUGACGGGGCGUUCGGCAAAGUGUACAAGGCGCAGAACAAGGAAACGCGGCAGCUGGCUGCGGCGAAGAUGUGCACGCUCGAGGACGAGGAAAAUCUGAGCGAUCACAUGGUGGAGAUCGACAUCCUGUCGGAGAUCAAGCACGGGAACAUUGUGGAGCUGUACGAGGCGUACUCGAUCGACGAUAAGUUGUGGAUGCUGAUAGAGUACUGUGAUGGCGGUGCCUUAGAUAGUAUUAUGGUUGAGCUGGAGAAACCACUGACUGAGCCGCAGAUCGCGUACGUCUGCAAGCACAUGGUCGCCGGCCUGAACCACCUGCACAAGAACAAGGUGAUACACCGGGAUCUGAAGGCGGGUAACGUGCUGCUCACGAUGGACGGCGGCGUCAAGCUGGCGGACUUUGGCGUCUCGGCGAAGAACAAACACACGCUGCAGAAGCACGACACCUUCAUCGGGACGCCGUACUGGAUGGCGCCGGAGCUGGUGCUGUGCGAGACGUUCCGGGACAACCCGUACGACUUCAAGGUGGACAUCUGGUCGCUGGGCAUCACGUUGAUCGAGUUUGCCCAGAUGGAGCCGCCGAACAGCGAGAUGUCGCCGAUGCGGGUGCUGCUCAAGAUCCAGAAGAGCGACCCGCCCAAGCUGGACCAGCCUUCGAAGUGGUCGAAGGCGUUCAACGAGUUUCUGUCCAAGUCGCUGGUGAAGGAUCCCCAACAAAGGCCCAACACGGACGUGCUCUUGGGGUUGGCGUUCAUCAGCGGUAAUCUGGAUCCGAAGCCGAUCAAGGACCUGCUGCUGGAGUACAAAGCGGACGUCGUGGAAGAGGAGCUCGUCGAUGAGGAGGCGGAGAAAGCUAAGCGACAGGCGAAGCGUAGAUCGCUCUAUCAGAGGGAGCACCGCAGUUCUGCGCUUCCACUCGACCUGGACGAUGACUCAUCGUCACUGCAGAGCCAAGAAACCUAUAAACUUCCAGAUACUCCCACAUCCUUAUCGAAGUCAUCCAGAGAUUCGAAAGAGUCGACACCCGUUCCUGUUGAAGAUGAUAGCAAAGCGAAACCUGCGGCGGCCGCGGCCGCGUCAGCAGCAGCACAAUCGCCAUCGACGACGACGCCCAGUUCAGCAACAACACCGCCGUCAGCGCCUGUGGCUAGUGAUAGUAAUAGUAAUGUACAAAGUGAUGCCAAGAAGUCGUCACCACCUCCAGCAUCCACAACGACGGUUCCUGCUCCAGUGUUACCACCAGUCGAACCGGCUGAAGCCCUGACCAACGUCAGCGGAAGUAGCAGCGGCAGCAGCAGUAGCAGUACCGACGCUGAAAAGAAGGCCGGCGUCCUGCUCAAGAAGGAGAAGGGACCGGCCCCGCCGCCACCGCAGACUCCGUCGUCACCUAGUAGUAGAAAUGCGCCGCCGAGUUCGCUGGGAGUUGCGCCCACGAGCACCGCGCAAGCAACUGUUCCUCCAACGCCCCCGGAGACGCCCCAAACUCCGGCCGGCGCCAACAAGGGCGUUGAUCGCCCGGACCAUACGAUUUCAAAGCCAGCGCCGGCUUCGCCUGCGGCGAUCAACCGACAAAUGAGCAGCGACGACCUGAUCAAAUCACCAAAGAAGGAGCACGCUCCUUCACCACCGAAGCAACAGCAGACGAAGGAGAGUCCGUCCGUGACGCCGUUGCCACCGCCGCCCGAAGAAAUGGUGAUCGUGACCGGCGUCCGGCGACACUCCCCCGACCUGGACGACCGAUUCGACGAAUCACCCAAAGAACAGCCACCCGUAACCACCCCCGUUGCCAUUCCAAAACCUCCGGUACAGUUCGAGGACGACGUGCAGCCGUACGUGCCGCCCCCACCUCUCCUCUCCCCGGACGACGAGAUCCGGAUAACGUCGACGCCGAACGCCAAAUCGUCCACGACCAUCACCAUCAACAACGACUCCGUGCUGCUCGCGGACCCGUCCAACAGUCUUGCCACCAACGUCAGCCAGGUCACCGUCGUAACGAGCCACCCGCCGGUCAUCAUCGACAACUCGCUGGCCAUAGUCGCCGGCCGGUCCGGCUCCUCGUCCUCGGCGUCCUCCACCAAGUCGUUCGGCUCGUCCCAGCGCCGGUCGCGCGUCCUCACGCCCAAGAACAGCGACGAGGUCGUGAUCGUGUCGAACGAGCUGAACAAAACGCACGUCAACGAGUCCAGCACGGACGACGACUUCCAGUCGCUGGACAGCUUGGAGAACCUGUCGCCGAGGCAUCGGAAGCGCCAGCAGCAGCCGCUGUCCGGUAGCAGUGGGCAAAUCGCUCGCAAGCUGGACGAAAGCGAGGUGCUGAUCGUGAGCUCCGGGUAUAUUGGGGAUGACGACCGGGAGCGGGAGCAGAUCGCGAGCGAACAGGACGAUUUCAUCAACGAUGAGCUGUUUAUAGGUAAUAAUAACAAUAAUCAUAGCAACAGUAAACUAUUGGACACUAGUCAUGUUUCGGUGGUGACCGUCGGCGAGGAGGAGAUCAAGGUGAAGGACUCCUCGCACCACAUCAUCAACAGCGGUGGCACCGCCUCUCCGGCGCACCUCCACCUACUGAACCAUCACCAACAGCACAAUCAGCACCAUCCGCCCCACCACGACUCGAUCAGCGACCUGUCGAACGUGAGCUGCGGUCCGAGCGAGUCCAGCGACGACGUCAAGGUGAUGGACGUGAUGAUGACCCAUCCGCCGCCAACGAGCACAAGCAGCGUGAGUACGGGCAGUACGGUGACGGCCGCUGGCGGCGGUAACUUUGCUCAACGGUCCCCGUCGGGUUCAUCGAUUUCAUCGCCGCCGCUGCGGAGUGGCGGUUCUAGUACUAAGUUGAACGGCGCCGGCGGUGACUUUAGCCGCAGCCGGGAGGACGUCAGUAUCAUAGUGAAUAAGCGCAAGAUCGUCGAUAAGCAGGCGCGGGUAUCGCCGGACAGCAGCGUCGGCUCGAUGGACGGGACCGGGUCGGUACGAUCGGCCAGUACGCCACUUCAUCACAACCACCAGCAGGAGAAGCCGCAGCAGCUGCAACCAGGUCACGGCAAGCAGCUGGACCGAAGCGAUGCCGAGAGCAUCGCGACCACAACUAGUCACGACAGCCGCGAACAGUCGGUUGACGAGGAGGUACAACUGAGGAGGAAACCUCCGGCGCCGGUUGAACCCGAAGAGGACAAGGUUCCGCCCAUCGCCCCGCCCAACACCCGCACCAAGCCUAGCCAGCGCAACUUUAGCAAGGAAGAGAUUCACCUGCAGAACCUCAAGAAGAAGACGCGAAAGCGAACGCGCAAGUUUGAGAUCGACGGCGUCCAGGUGACGACCACCACCAGCAAGGUGAUCUACAGCGACGAGGACAACAACAAGCUGUACGACGACCACCUGUUCCGGAAGCAGGAGCUGCGCGAGCUCAAGAUGCUCCAAAAGCAGGAGAAGAAGCAGUUCUACGAGCUGCAGCAGAAGGAGGUCGUCGCCAAAGAGCAGCAGGAGAAAAAGUUCGAACAGGAGCGGCUCCAGCUGGAGCGCACCUUCGAGGCGGACAUGGACGUGCUUGCGCGUCAGCACCGCCAAACGGUGGAAAAGUACGAGCAACAGCAAGAGACUGAGCUGCGAAAUACCUCCAAGAAGAUCCGCGCCGAGCAGGAGCGGGACCUGAAGCUGUUCCGCGACAGCCUGAAGCAGGAGAUUCGGCUGCUCAAGCAGGAGGUCGACUUGCUGCCCAAGGAGAAGCGGAAAGAUGAGUUCCGCAAGCGCAAGACGGCGAUGGAGCUGGAGCACGAGGAGCGCGAGAAGAACUUCCUGGCGACGCUCUCCGAAAAUCACGAGCUGGCGCUGCGCCGCAUCAGCGAGAUCUAUCGCGAGAAGCUGUCCGCCGCAGACAAGGGCUACCUGCAGCAGAAGCAGACGGCCAUGCGAACCCGAGAGGCUAUGCUGUGGGAGCUGGAGGAAAAGCACAUCCACGACAAGCACCAGCUCGCGAAGCGCCACGUCAAGGAUCUGUGCUUUAUGCAGCGCCACCAGAUGAUCAUCCGGCACGAGAAAGAACUGGAUCAAAUCAAGAGAAUGAUUUCCCGGAAGGAGGAGGAAGUGCUCAAGCGGCAAACCAUCGAGAGGCGGGCGCUGCCGAAGCGGAUCCGAGCCGAGCGCAAGGCCCGGGACAUGAUGUUCCGCGAAUCGUUGCGGAUAUCGAUGACCACCGAUCCGGAGCUGGAGCGGGAGAAGCUGAAGAAGUUCCAAGAGCAGGAGAAGAAGCGCUACACCCAGGAACAAGUUCGGUUCGAGACCAAGCACAGCAAGCAGCUCGAAGAGCUGCGAGCCACCUCGGAUGGUUCCAUCAGGGAGCUGGAACAGCUGCAGAACGAGAAGCGCAAGCAGCUGCUGGAACAUGAGACGGCCAAGCUGCGCGACUGUGACGAGGGCCUGCAGAAGGAGCUGCGCGAGUGGAAGUCCCAGCUGCUGCCGCGAAAGCAGCGCCUCGAGGAAACGUUCGCCCAGCAGCAGGAGGAGAUGGAGCAGCUGUACGGAAACAGCAUGGUGCCGAUGAUGCCGCCGCAGUCCCCGCAAGCGCACGACCUGCUCCAGAUCGGCUCGACGCGGAGCAGCAUUUCGUCGUACUCGGACGGUGGGGGCAUGGGGGCGGCAUGACAAAAGGGGACCGCCGGCUGUGGCACCAGCACCAGCGGCAGCGGCGGCAGCAGGAUUAGGCGGUAGAGUCAGAGUCAGAGAGAGGGAGAUAGAUACAAUCGCAGAAAGUUGUAUGAACAGAAAUCGAACAGAGAGAGAGAGAAGAGCAAGGAACCGUUUUGUGCAAUUCAAAGCUGGAGAGCGGAACGAGAAAAAAUCAAACGAAUCAAUGUGUCAAAGUUCAGUUAGUGCGCAGCUACACACAAACACAAACACGCGUUAUUUGAUGGCAAAGUUUUGUUUACGCUAGGAUUACGUUCAACAAAUAGUGUUAAUACUAUGUUAGGAUCUACUUAACCAAAACCUAAUUUAUACCUUAAUCCACACCAAGCAAGCAGUAAACAGUUUUUAGCUGAAUACUAGGUAGGCUAAUCCUUAUUUUCCUUCGACGGAAUGAAUAAUAAGAGCAUCCUGAGCGCAUUUUGCCAACCCUUUAAACAAGUUUUUAAUAUUUAUUAUACAACAACAAAAAAUACACGAAUAUAGCAAAACACUUCCGAGAGAGACUCUUGUCAAUGCCAAUUUUGCUACUGUGUCUUUUUGCAGCAUUGAUAACAAAUAAAAAAUCGUACCAAUCACAAUCCCGCUUCCCGGUAAAUUGCCAAAAAAGAAACCCUGUAUAAUUAUUUGCAUUUGUACAUAAUCUUAUUUCUACUCUGCUUUUAAACCUCUGUACCAGAUUAAACAUCGUUAACGUUAUUUUAAAAGAAAGAAAAAAAAAGUUGUCAUAGUUUGAUUUUAACUGUUUCGGUCGUGUUGCUUUUUUAAGAUUAAAGAUUACUUCAAAAGUGUCUGUAAAUAUGAUUUUUCAACAAAUCCGGUUAGGUUUGCAACGAUCAGAAGGGAAAACUAUUUUGCCAUUAUUGUACGUCCUUGCUUCGUUGCGCCUAGCCUGAAAAACGAAUAAAGAAAAUCCUGAUUUCCUACCCCCCUCCCCUUCAAUACGUAUACAAUUUCUGUGAGCGAGUAAAUUGAGUUUGUUAAAUUCCCCCCUAAAAUGCGCGCACUAGUUAGCUGCUGUGUAAAUAGUUUCGAGAACCGACGAGGUUCGGGUUGUACACACAAAAACAAAUCACAUUGGGGAAGGACCAUCUUCCUAAAUAACAGUAAAAAGAAGAAACUGAAGACGGGGACGGGAACGAAUCGAACGUGGUCAAAGUUGUGAGAGAUAGACUCAAUGAUAGAACGAGACAACAGUAUAUAGAUGAUCAAAUUGAUGCAACGGAAGAGAAAGUAUUUAAGAAGGAAAAAAAUCGAUAAGAAAAAUGCAUAUUAACAGUAUAUAUACAUAGAUAAUGAAAUAUAAAAAAAUAUUUUUAUUCAGUA